UACAGGGCUCCAAUUCCGUUAAAUCCAAGGGUUUUAGGUCUCUGAGAACAAAUUGAUGGCUCGAUCUUCAUCAAGCUUUCUUUUUUACGAAUCUGAUUGAUGAUUCAAUCAUCGUUAUAGUCAACAAUAAAGAGCUCGCUCGAUCGGAAUGUUAAUAGUUUGGGUUCAUGCGAUGCUAAAAAAAGAAAAGAAGAAAGAUCUACGAUUCUGUUCUGGUAUGGAGAACACCGUAGACGGUGUUCAUUUCUUCCGGCAAGGAGGCUUAACAAUAGAAUUCCAAAUGAUGAUUUUGUUAACGUCGACAUAUCCAAGGAGGAAGAAGAAUCCUUGUGUUAAAAGUGAAAAAUAUAAGUAAAAAAGGCGAUUCAAACAAGUAAGAUUUUUGGAUCUGAAAAUCUGAAAAUUUCGAUGAAGACUGACUUGAAAAAUCUCCAACUAACAUCAGUGAACUCCUUAGAGUGGUUUUCUUGAGGGGUUCAUGUUUUCUACAAUUUUGGUAACAAGGGCUUUUUGGGAAUUAGGAUCUUUGGAAUCUCCAAGGCUAAAUGGAGGAUUUUGAACUUUGAACGCAUGACAUUUUGGAGAAGUUGGAACUUUGAACUCAAUAAGGCGUUUUGGAGAAUUUGGAACUUUGAAACCUGCAGGGCUUUCGCGGGGAUUUGGAACUUUGAACUCUGCAGGGUGUUUUGGGAAUUUGGAACAUUGAAAUCCACAGGGGUUAUUAGAGAUAAAGAACUUUGAAAUCUACAAGGCUUAUUGAGGAAUUCGGGACCGACUUUUGGCCAUUAAUAUUAUUUAUCUAAAGUGUUUAUGAUAAAGUGUAGCAACAGAGGACCACUUUCCAUGUUAAAAACCUUAAAGAAAGUUUUGUCCAUUCAUGAACUUUUUUUAGUCAUUUAUGCCACUUUAUAUGAACACUUCAUUAAGCAAAAGUUUGGCCCUAAAUAUAAAGUAUACUUCAAUAUGGAGACCGAAGGUGCUAAGUUAAUCUCUGAUAUUUUAUCUUUCACUUCAUAAAUAAAUCAUAUAACCUAUAAAUACUAAUGUAAUCCUGUUGAAUUCAUCAUUGCUAUACAUUUUGCAGUUUGUUCUGUUGGUUGAGGGUAUUACGGUACAAUGCAAUGAGGACCUUGUGAAUGCAAAGUGAAAGGACUACUGACCUUGCAAUUAUGUCAAUAAGUUCAAUAGCACUAAAAUUCCCUGAAGCAAUAUGGAAAAGGAUUUAUCUCAAGAGCAGAAUCAAAGGGAGGUUGUGACAAAGUCACCAAAGUCAUUUUCGAAUUCCUCCAAAACCCUUAUAGAUUUCACAGCUCCAAAUCCUUCAAAAAGCCCUAAAGAUAUCGACUUGUCACUACACCAGCUAAAAGGGAAGAUCCAGAAAAGGUUAUUAAGGUCUUCUUCUGGAACUCCAUUAGCCACAAAUGCAGCUCAGUGUUCAUCUUCAUCCUCACAGAUCAAGAGAAACACAAAACUAACAUCCAAGGAUCAACAAAUGAACCGAUUGGUAUUUCAAGAAGGCGGAUUACCUGAUAGAACCGAAGUAGUUUACAAGUCUCAUGGAAAGGAACUUUUAAAAGGUUACAAGUGGGCCCGUGGAAUAUUCUGUUUUUGCUGCAAUACCGUGGUUAGCCCCUCACAGUUUGAAGCUCAUGCUGGCCAGGCCUCCCGCAAAAAACCAUAUGGAAACAUCUUUCUUGCAAAUGGCUUGUCACUCCAUGAUUAUGCAUCUUCUUUAAAGCUAACUGUUGGACACCUGUCAAAGAAGAAUGAUGAACUUUGUGGAGUUUGUAAGAGAGAUGGAGACUUAGUGCUCUGUGAUGGAUGCCCUAGAUCCUUCCAUAAAGAAUGUGUAUCUGACACAAGUGCCCCUGGAGAAAAAUGGUUCUGCAAAUAUUGCAGAAACUCCAUGAAUUUGCAACAUUCAGAACUUGAUCAAAUUGAGCAAAUUGCAAAACGUUGCAUUCAGAUUGAUAAUUGUGACCUUGUUGCAUGUUGUAUUUGCAGAGCAUAUGAUUUCACCACUGAAGGCUUCGAUGAUCGGACUGUUAUUGUUUGUGAUCAGUGCGAAAGAGAAUAUCAUGUCAAGUGUUUAAGGGAACACAAGAAAAUGUAUCUGAAGGAGUUGCCAUCUGGCAAUUGGUAUUGCAGUGCAGACUGUGGAAUACUUAAUUUUGUUCUUGAGAGAUUGGUGGAAUGUGGGCCCGUGAAGGUCCCUCAUUCUCUUACGGGUUUAAUCAGGGACAAUUCAAUGGUCGGUGAUGCAAACGGAAUCGGAAUCGGAAUCACCAAUUCCGACAUGAAAUGGAUUGUUUUGCGUGGGAAAAACGUUUCUGAUGAGAACAGAGUGUUGCUUUCUCAAUCCGUUGAUAUCUUCCAUAAAUGCUUCAAUCCUAUUGUUGAUUCCAUUACUGGAAGUGAUUUUAUUCCAUCAAUGGCAUAUGGGCAGAUCAUGGGGGAUUCCGACUUCACAGGAGUUCAUUGUGCAAUGCUGACUAUAGAAUCAAAGGUUAUUACAGCUGGAAUGUUUCGUGUAUUUGGAACAGAUGUUGUAGAACUUCCAAUAGUUGCUACGAAUGAAACCGACCAAGGAAAGGGCUACUUCCAACUUUUCUUCAACUGCUUUGAGAAGCUACUUGCAUAUCUCACUGUUAAGAAGAUGAUUGUUCAUGCUGCUGAGGAUGUUGAGUCCAUGUGGAUUCAGAAAUUUGGUUUUCAAAAAGUAACUCCAGCUCAGCGGAAGGAAUAUAGACAAACGUUAACAUCAAUGGUGGCGUUUCAAGGAACAUCUUUGUUAGAAAAGGAUGUGGUGGGGCCUCAUGGUGGACUUACUUUUCAAAAUGGUUUUCGUUUCAGUCUUUCUAUGCGUAUGUAAAUUAAGCAAUGAAUGAAUAAUUGAUUGAAUAAUAAUACCGUUUUGGUGGAUUUGUGUUUUGUUUAUGGUUAAAACUAUAAACAUCCAUCUUGGGUAAGACGGAUGUUUUUACUCUUUAUGUUGUAUGCUUUGAAUGGUUUGUGGUAUGUUAGAAAUUCGAAACAAGUUGGAUUUGUUA